AUCAUCAUCAUCAUUCAGUUAUUGAACUGUCUCUUGAACGAACUCUACGUACUCGAUUCGCUGUUGUUGGAGGUCGUUGUUCAGUCAAAGAUUACGUCAUGCUCGUGUAGUGCCAAGUUUUAUGCCAUGACCACUAAUUCGAUCUCUACUGAUUCCUUGUAUGAUCCGGAGUUCACGGCAGACAUAAGCAAUAAGAUGCAGGUCCCACAGAGAAUCAGCGUCAUUGAUCAAGAUCAAGCGGAUCAACCAAAACCACUGGAUGCAUCGCUUUACAUGCAGGUUCCGGAUAGGAUAUUAGUCACAGGCCAACAUGCAGGAAUGGAUAAUUAUCCGAGCAUAGAGGAAGAGGAGGAAACCUGGCCCCGAGCAGUGAAGCUUCGACAGAAAACUACACUGAGCACCAUCCCUAAUGGAGGGUCAACCACUCCUCCCGCCCACACUGAGGACGACCUGAGUACUAUGCGCAGACAGAUGAGGACUCUCAGUAGACGCAUCAUGUUACUUGAGCAAGACAACCAACAGAGACAGCAACGAGAAGUGGUGCUCUAUUCUGUGGGAGUCCUUUAUUUUCUUGUCAAGGGACUUGUCUGGCUCCAAAGGCACUGGUGAAACUAUAAUAAUUGUGCAUUAAAUGUCUCUGGUAGUUGAAAUUUA